GUAGCCCUCACAGAGACGUCACAGACGUCACUUCCGGGCCCUGCGCCAGCUUUUCCACCUUAGCCCCGCCCACCACUUCCGGGUUGGGCUCCAUAGCAACCGAGGCCUAGUCAAGCGACGCGGUGGCUGAAGCCUUCUCUCGAUUACGACGAUGGCAGAGGUGGAGGAAACGCUAAAGAGGAUUCAGUCGCAUAAAGGAGUGAUUGGAACUAUUGUUGUGAAUGCGGAAGGCAUCCCGAUCAGAACAACUCUAGACAACUCCACUACAGUGCAGUAUGCAGGCCUCCUUCAUCAGCUCACAAUGAAAGCAAAGAGUACAGUGAGAGACAUCGAUCCCCAGAAUGACCUGACCUUUCUGAGAAUUAGAUCCAAGAAACAUGAAAUCAUGGUUGCCCCAGAUAAGGAGUACCUUCUCAUUGUGAUCCAGAAUCCAUGUGAAUAGAGCAACCGCAUCAAUUAACUGGAACAGCACUACAGUUAUUAAAAUGACUUUCGUUUGCUACAAAGAUAAAAAGGUCACAACAUUCCAGUAAGAAAAUUGGCUAGUGGUAGGUAACUUGUCAGAACUCAAAGCCUUCGAAAGCGACAACCUUUACUGUGUGUGAAGUUAAUGUACUUGCAUCUGGACUAACAACAAUAUUUGUCUUAAGUUUGUAAAGGACAAAUAAACUUAAAUGUUUAA